UUAAGCGAAUGCAUCUACUGGAUAAGCGGUCAUUUAAGUAUGGCGGAAAUCUGCCUGUUCUAAUCAUAAUAUUCAAAAGCCUACCGGUCAGCAUCUUCAAGGAUAAUGUUUGAUAGUUUUGAUUGCCUAACUUAGUAUCCCAUUUCUAAUGUGCAGGGACUUGAUUUGUGUUUUCAUACCUUCUGCGGGAGUGCUUGUAACAUUGUUGCUGUCUCAGAUGGAUCUGCCCUAUGACCUAUGAGCAUUGGGUGUGAUUCCAUCUGGCCCAGGCGACAUCCCAUUUCUCAAAAGAUUUGAUGGACAAAUGGUAUCAAGAGGUUGCACUACUGCAAAGUUCUAAAUCUAAUGCCAUUGAUUUUCUGAUUCCAUGUUUAAGUAAAGGUGACAUGUUUACACAGUUUCUAUCCAAAAAGACAAUGUUAUCUGGGAUUAAGAUGGGAUAUUUACAGGUUGAUGAUGUUUUGGAGCUGUUUAUACAAACUGAGGAUUUGAAGUCCAGUCCCAUACUGAUUGAGUUAUUGGAAGAUUUAAUGUCACCUCAGUUAUUUCAAGACAGAAAGAUCAAUACACAAACUUUUGAAUGGAUUAAAGAAAAUAACUUUUUGCAAGAAUUCUUUCUGAUUAGAAUAAAUAUAGAUACAACAUUUUUAAACUCUAGUGGAAUUAUAGAGUAUUUAACUUUAAUACAAAGAUGUAUCAAACAUUGUCUAAAAAACAAUGAACUAGACUUUCAAGAUUUAGAAAGUUUAUGUGUAUUAGUUGAAAAUUUAUUUGUUAAAAAUUUUAUUACAUUCUUUAAAUUACCCUCAAGCUGCAAAGGACAUUUAAUAUGUAAAAAAUAUUUACAAGUUUUGAGUAGCCUUCUUAAUGCAAGAUUUUUGUUCGAUGAUCUUAGUAUUCCGACAUGCAUCAUCAACUUUAGUCAUACUGUCUCCAAGAUUAUUCUCAGUGAUUUGUGUCAAGUUCAAAACAGUCAAAUUUUUUUUUUGAACAGUAAUUUUGUCUCUUCCAAUGUGCUAAAUUCCAACAGCAAAUAUGCCACCUCAGUACUUGUAAGGUCAACAGUUUUUGUUAUUUUAAAAACAUGUGCUCUUAUGGAGAUUUGUAAUGAUGAAGUUCUUAUAAAAAUAUUGACUGUUUUAUUUAACCUAUGGUCUCAAACUCAAGGAAUAAUUGCUACACAGAGGCAGCCGCAUACUAGAGAAUGGUUAUCUACAAUAUUUGCUGACCAAGAUGAUAAAUGGGUUACUUCCCUUUUGUGUCUGCUGAAGCUUCACAAAAAGAUAAACAGGGAACAAAAUCCUGGCAUGAAUUGUGAAAGUAAGAAAGACAGUGGUAAAUUGAAUGAACUUGUGGACUUUAUCAAUCCUCAUCGACUGUUUCUCCAGUUCAUAUUUUUUAUCAAGUAUGAUCAUCUAGUGCUAGUUGAUUUCAUGUCGUCACCAGAGACAACUUUUUUACUUUAUUUCACUCUCUAUUUGCACGUACUUAUUACUGAAUGGAGUCAUUUUGAAAAAGUGUGCAUGGAAAAUGAUACAUUCACAAAAAAUUCAGACAGCUUUAGAUGUUCUCAUGAUCAAAGUUUAAAUAAAUCUUUCACAACCUGUAUGUUUCAUGCAGAAUCUAACAGUCUCUUACAUUCUGGGCCACAUAGUAAAAACAUGCCUGAUGCUUCAGGCUGUGAAAUUAAAAACAAGGCAGCUGGAAGUGUAUUUCUUGACUCAAAAAACCAAACUACAAUAGGUAGUGUCAUUGCACCAAACUUAGUUCCAUAUAGUGACUCUGACAACAGUGAUGAAGAAGAUGAUCCACAUCAAAAUAAUCCUUCUGUUGCAAACUCUAGUUUGUAUUCACUUGAUGAAACUGCAUAUCUAUCACCUUGCGGAAAGGAAAAUGUCUGUUCAACAACAAUGCAAAAUAACACGACUGUUUUAGUUAUGGAAAUGCUGAUUAGACUUAGAAUUAAUCUUGAGAAACUUGAUGAAAAAAGUCUGUUCCCUUAUAAUGUUAAACCUCUCAUUAAAUUGUUAGAGAAAUGUGAAGAUGUAUAUGAUAGAAGUGUAUGUGUGGAUAUGACAUAAUUUUACUGAAAAUAAAUAUUACAAAUAAACUAUGAAAGUGUACAAUAUUUUUUAUACUGUAUUGCCUAAUAAAUUUCAGUAAAAAAUUGUCUACAGUUCACUUUUUAAACAAAUAAUUAAAAUCUACUUCUAAGCCUACUUAAACAAAUUUUGAAAAUCUAGUUAUGUCCAGUGCUAUCAAAUUAAGCAAGCCAGCCAGAAUGGUAAAGUAGGCACUGGACACUAAAUAUGUAAAUGAGAAGAUCAAUCUAAUGUUAAAUUUUAAGUUCCCUAAUCCCUCACCCUUGUCACACAUGAUAAAAAAAAGUGAUAACUGUUAUUGACCAUUCCAAAUAAAUGUUUAAAGU